GUCUGCCACCACGACGUCGACGAGCACGAAGAUGUGGUCGACGCUGCCUUCGAAGCUCUCCCUGCGGACAUCCUCUACAAGUCGCCAGUCUAUACGGCAAUGGGCACGCCUCAUCGGUACCGACGCCAGCGAGCAAGUCGAACCGAACACCCACUUCCGCAUAACCCUCCGUCGCUCGGCCAUUUCCCUGCGCGCGAAUGUCAAGGCCACGCUCGUCGCACUCGGAAUCCAUCGGCGAAUGCAAACAGUCUAUCACACACACUCGCCUGACAUUGCUGGGAAGAUAUUGCGGGUGAAGGAGCUGGUGCAAGUGGAGAAUGUGCCCGCUUCAGCGGUGCGGACAAAGACAGAGCAGAGGCAGGAGAGGAAGCCAACUAGAGGGUAUCAGAAGGUGGCCACCAGAAUAGGGGAAACUGACUUGUAACGAGGUGCGUAAUUCCUUGUUUUUGCAACCCAUCGUUGCUAACGUCUAUAUUCCUGUUCCUCAGUCCUACAGAGGAGACGG